UUUGUUUUCAUAAAAACAUCUUCCUCAAAACUGCCAAAUAAUUGCAAAAUCUUUUUCAAUUUCUAAUUCUAAUAAGUUAUGAAAAUUACCUGAAAAAAAUUAAUUAUGAAUAGAAAUUACUCAUUCAGUGGUUAUAAAAACAAUCAUCCCAGUUCACACUGUACAAUAACCGAAUUACGAAUUAUACACGAACCUGAUGAGAUAGACGAAGCUAUCAAUGAAAUAUACAAAAGAUGUAAACAUUACCCUGUCGUGGGAAUGGAUUGCGAAUGGAUUCCUACGACGAAGAAGAAUCAACAGCCCGACGUUUCUCUCCUACAAAUCGCUACAGUCGAUGGCUUCUGCGUAUUGAUACGUACAUGUUAUAUGACAGAAUUACCUCCUUCUUUAUUGGACUUCUUGAGCGAUCGAAAAAUCAUCAAAGUGGGUGUUGGUAUUUUCAAUGAUGGUAAAGUGUUACACCAUAAAUUUCAAAACUGCCAAGUAGUUGGACGAUUAGAUAUUCGGUAUCUAUCAAGAAGUUGUAACGUGUUCAGUCGAAGCGAAUCUUUGAAAGAACUUACAAAAUCCUUGUUGCACUUCGAGUUAGAUAAGGAUAACGUAUUAUUUUACAAAUGGAAUUCUCGCGAAUUGGAUGAAGACACAGCUAGAUAUGCUGCGUUAGACGCCCUUGCUGGUGUGAAAAUUUUUGAGAAGUUGUUACCGUUAUAUCAUGAACAAAUGAGUGACGAUCCUUUACUGCCUUCUAAAAAGCUUAUUGAAAGAUAUUUUAUUAAUCCUGGAAGUUCGUGUGCUCGUAUUUUUGAUCGAAAGUUUAAGUAAAUUUUAGGAGUGAUUGUUCAGUAUAUCAAAUUAGAUUUAAACUCGUGUAUUUUUAGAAUUCACUGCCUAAAUUUGCUAUCAAAAGACUUUUUCACGGUCAAUUGUCGAUAUGUAGUAACUUCAGGUGUGAGUUUGUUAACAAGGAGUGUUAAUUUUUAUUUACCAUGUAAAAGUAUUCCUAUUGAGUAUCAAUCUGGUAUUUCUAGCUAGUUUUGUUUUUCUUUUCUUUUCUUUUUUUUUUUUUUGUAGUUGACUUGGAUUUACAAAAUAAGGAUAUAUUUAGUGUCUUGUAUUUUGCCUUUUCAGUUCCUGGGAAUACCUGGUUAUAAUAAAGUAGCUUUUUAUUCGGUAUGUUGAAUUCUUCAAUUUUUCUUUUUGUUAUUGUUUUAUCAUUAUUGUAUUACUCAUGAAAUGCUACGAUGACCUUCAUCUAGCUGAACUUGAACUUUGUACUUGUUUUUAUAUCUUAUCGAACUAAUAAAUCCUUAUUUUUAAAUCAA